GUUGAAUUGGAGACUGAAUUUGAAUGCUUUUAGAGAUGACACCAAAACACAAACUUGAUACCUGAACAAGUUUCUAUAAGUCUGCUUGGAACUGACCCUGCUGACUUUAUCUCUGUGUUCUACAGGACACUGAUUUGGACUGCAGUUUUUUGCCCCUCGCUAAAUGUUUUACUUUAUUUCUUGGUUAAUUUAUUAAUGUAAUUUAAAUAUUAUUGUGACACAGUCCUCAUAGGAUUCCAACUAUUUGUACUUGUUGAUUCUCAAGGUUUUUUGGCAGAAGCCCAAAAGAAAAACUACAUUUUAAUCACAAUUUUGGCUUCCCUCCUCAAAUAUCUCCUGAUCCUGUCUGGCUGUUUUCUCUUUGUCCUCAGCCUUCUGAAAACAGUAAGCUCACCACAAUUUCUUUCUGACCUAUCUUCAUGUAAUUGAUCUUUUGUUUCCACCUAGCUGCAGAACAAGGUACAGGCAGAAAGGACCUUUCCUAUGCUUAUAAAAGUCUCUCAUCAGCAGAAAGCUUUCUCUUUUCCUUGAGUGGCCUGAGAACACAGAUCUCUUAUGCUGUGGUGAUGGCGUUCUGGGCUUCUGUGCUCAUAGUCCUGGUGACCACUGUCCUGGUAGUGCUGUACAGGUUGGGAGCCCUCCGCCAGAGGAGAGUCAAUGAGCCCCCUCUGGACAAAGGCCUCAUCCCCUGGCUGGGCCAUGCCAUGGACAUGUCUAGGGAUGCCUCCAGUUUCCUGAAGAGGAUGCAAGAACGUCAUGGGGACAUCUUCACUGUCCAGAUGGCUGGCAGAUAUGUCACCUUUGUCACAGAUCCCUUCUCUUUUGAUGCCGUCCUGAAGGAGAGCAGAAGCAGGCUGGACUCUUCCAAGUUAGUGUUUCAUUUGGUAUUUAAAGCCUUUGAUUUCCGAGGACAGAAAUGUCAUGGAAAUAUCAUGCAGAAGUCUGCCCCAAAGUACUUGAUGGGUACUGGAUUAGUUGGUUUAACCCAGGCCAUAAUGGAUAAUCUGCAGAUUCUGAUGCUAGAGCCUGAUGCUGAUAAGAGACCAGGACCCCAGCAGUGGAAGCAGGAAGGGCUAUUUCAAUACUGCUGCAACAUCGUCUUUAGAGCUAGUUACUUAGCUUUGUUUGGGAACCUACCUAUUAAUGGCAAGACAGGCCAUGCUGAAGACUGGCUCCAAUCCCAAAAGGUCUUUGAGAGAUUCAGGGAAUUUAAUUCUCUCUUUCCCUCAAUCAUUUUCUCUAUGCUCUUGCCGAUGGAGAAGAAAGAAAUAAGGAGACUCAGACAAUUCUUCUGGGAUAUUCUCUCUCCCCAGCACAUCUUGGAGAGGGAUGAUGUGAGUGCAUGGAUCCGUUCUGCUCAGGAGCAGCAGGUUGAAGAGGGAGUAUCUGAGAAAGCACAGAGCCAGUUUAACCUACUAAUGCUUUGGGUUUCCAGUAGCAACCCAGGUGCUGCGUCCUUCUGGACCCUCCUCUUCCUCCUGAAGAAUCCUGAAGCUCUGAAGGCUGUGAGGGAGGAGGCAGAAGGAGUCCUCAGGAAAAUGGGGCAGGAGAUGAGACCAGGUGGGGCACUUAUCACUGUUGAGUAUAGCAUGCUACAGCAGACCCCAGUGCUGGACAGUGUCAUGGAAGAGACAUUACGUCUGGUGCUUACCCAUUUCUUGCUAAGGACUGUGAAGCAGGACAUGAUCCUGAAAAUGGAUGGUGGCAAGGAGUAUGCCCUCCGCCAGGGCGAUGAAGUGUCCAUCUUCCCCUUCCUUUUCCUCCAUAGGGAUCCAGAAAUCUACCCAGACCCCACUACAUUCAAAUAUGACCGUUUCCUGAACCCUGAUGGCAGCAGAAAGGUAGUUUUCUACAAGCAAGGGAGAAAGGUCAAACCACACAUGUUGUCAUGGGGUGCCGGCACCACUGUCUGUCCUGGGAGAUUCUUUGCCCUAAAUGAGAUGAAAAUGUUUGUGUUCAUGAUGGUCACACAAUAUGACAUAGAGUUAGUUGAUCAGGAUGUGAAGAUCCCUUCAGUAAAUAGGAAGCUAUUCGGAAUUAGUGCCAUGCAGCCAAUACAAGAUGUCCAGUUCCAGUAUCGAAUACGCUUCUAGCUUGAUGGUGAAAACAUUUGCAAAAAGUCAAGACUGCAGUGGGGAAGAGUCACUCUGUCCCCUCUUGAACAUGGCUCUCAUCCUCACCACUCUACUAAACUGCUCUCCAGUGCAUUUUCUAAUCAACACCUCCAAUUAUCUUGUCUCAGACCUCUUUCAUGUUUGUAGCUUUUGCCACUCUUGCCUAUGGCUUCCUUCUGGGGACUUUUCCCCCCUCAUAUGUCUUUCUGAUCCUUCCUUAAUCUCCUUGACUGAUCCUCUUCUCCUGAUGGGUAGAGGUUUUAGAGAGAUUGGUUUCACCUGAAUAAUAUGAUAAAAAUCCUCCAAACUACUGGGGGUGUCCUAUGAUAUAAUGGACUGUAUUGCACACAGUGGGACCAGGGUGGUGGGGCAGUGCCACUGAAUGUCAGCAAUCAAAGAUUGGCCAGCUCCUUUGCAGAGAUGUUGUGCAGGGGAUUCCUACUCCAGUACAAGUUGGAUUAGAUGGUCUCUAUGGUCCCUUCCAGGCUGAGAUUGUAGCUGUAAACAGCCAUUUGUUGGAGAUUUUGUUUUCUAUGACUCUGCUCUCUUCUUCUGUCUGAGUGCUCCUUCUCUGUCUCCUCUGCAGGCUCAUCUUUUUUCUCCUGCCUCUGAGCUCUGAAGUUUUUGCCCUCAAAGUUUCUAUCCAACAAAAUGUUGCACACCCUGUGUGCACACAGAAUCUAUCACAAAAAUGGAUAGGAGUCUCAUGUAAUUUACAAUUGUUUCCAAUUUUAAUAUACAUACCAAUAUAAAAGUUAUUUUAAAAUUAAGCAGUACUUUAGUUUUGUGAAAUUCUCUAAAUUCUAGCAAGAUGUUCCAAUGAAACUCAAUUGCCUCUUGGUUUUUUUCCAACUUACACAAAUCUUUUCUCUUUUGUAAGCCAAGAAAGAGUUAAGUGACAGUUUUUGCUUCAAAUGGUUUUUUUUUACCUUGCCAUUCUUCCUGACGUUGUUUCCUUAAGCCUGAGCUCUGAUAAUGAAGUUACAGGCUCCUUGCUGGCUGGAGUUUUAAAAAUAAGGUAUCAUACUGCUUUUCUGUUUUUCCAAAAAGUUGCCUAACUCUCUUACAUGCUUAAACUUUCUUACUUACCUUUCUGUAUACAAAUACCUUUUUUUAAAAAUAGCUUUUUAUUUACAAGUUAUAUGCAUGGCUAAUUUUACAGC